AUGGAAAGGUUAGACGAAGAGAAAGAGGACCGAAAAAAGCAAUUUGAGGAAUUGGAGAAGGAGUUCAAUAAGAUAGAGAAGAAGAAUACGGAGUUGGAAAGAAAGUUGGAGAAAAUAUACGCAGAGCAAAAGGCAGGGUAUUCGGCCAGUAAUGUUAAAUGGAAGGAAAUAGAGAAAAAGAUUGAGGAGAGUGAAAAAAAGAUGGAGAAAAAAGUGGAAAAGGUGAGAGAAGAAUGA